GCACACACUCGUUAUGCUCGGUAUUCCUCGCCAGAAGCAAUAAAAAUUCCCUUCGACGUCUAGGGUUUGCCUUUCAGCUUCUCUUUUCGUCGUUGCUGUUCGGCUUCGUUGCUUUUGCAGGAGGUGUAUAGAUUGCACGCGUCGCUUCUUCGGCUCCUUCGUGGCUAUUCGACUUCGUUCCUUCUACGAUUUUCCCUUCCUGUCGGAUCGGAAGUUACGACAUUUUGAUCGGAAGCAAGAACGGGAGUUCGCUGGCUGUGAAGCUGUAAGGGAUUUGUGAAGCGUAAUGGCUAUGCUUGAUGAGCCACUCUAUCCGAUUGCUAUUCUAAUUGAUGAACUUAAAAAUGAAGAUAUUCAGCUGAGAUUGAACUCCAUCCGCAGGCUCUCCACUAUAGCAAGGGCGCUUGGUGAAGAAAGAACUAGGAAGGAGCUGAUUCCUUUCCUCAGUGAGAACAAUGAUGACGACGACGAAGUACUUCUUGCAAUGGCGGAGGAGCUGGGUGUAUUUAUUCCAUAUGUUGGAGGCGUGGAAUAUGCUCAUGUUUUGCUUCCUCCUUUGGAGACUUUGUGUUCUGUGGAGGAAACUUGUGUCAGGGAUAAAGCUGUUGAGUCAUUGUGUCGAAUUGGGUCUCAGAUGAAGGAAAGUGAUAUUGUAGAUUGGUUUGUUCCUUUGGUGAAGAGAUUAGCAGCUGGUGAAUGGUUUACAGCUCGAGUUUCCUCUUGUGGCUUGUUCCAUAUCGCCUAUCCAAGUUCUCCUGAUAUGUUGAAAGCUGAACUAAGAUCCAUAUAUGGUCAGCUUUGUCAAGAUGACAUGCCUAUGGUGAGAAGAUCUGCUGCAUCCAACUUGGGAAAAUUUGCAAGUACUGUUGAACAAAGUCACUUGAAGACAGAUGUGAUGUCUAUGUUUGAGGAUCUUACUCAAGAUGAUCAAGAUUCUGUGCGUCUCUUGGCUGUUGAAGGAUGCGCUGCUCUUGGAAAACUGUUAGAACCCCAGGAGUGUGUAUCUCACAUACUUCCAGUUAUUAUCAACUUCUCUCAGGAUAAAUCAUGGCGUGUUCGCUAUAUGGUUGCUAAUCAAUUGUAUGAACUAAGUGAAGCUGUUGGUCCAGAAACUACGAGGUCGGAUUUGGUUCCGGCUUAUGUUAGACUUCUCCGUGAUAAUGAGGCAGAAGUUCGCAUAGCAGCUGCUGGCAAAGUAACAAAGUUUUGCCAGAUUUUGGGCCCUGCACUAGCUAUCCAACACAUUCUUCCUUGUGUCAAGGAAUUGUCAUCAGAUUCAUCCCAACAUGUUCGCUCAGCCUUGGCGUCAGUGAUCAUGGGAAUGGCACCAGUUUUAGGAAAAGAUGCAACAAUUGAGCAGCUUCUUCCUAUUUUUCUUUCAUUGUUGAAAGAUGAAUUCCCUGAUGUUAGACUGAACAUCAUCAGCAAGCUUGACCAAGUAAAUCAGGUGAUUGGAAUUGACCUGUUGUCCCAGUCAUUGUUGCCUGCCAUUGUUGAGCUUGCAGAGGACAGACAUUGGCGUGUCCGAUUGGCCAUUAUUGAGUACAUUCCCUUGUUAGCGAGUCAAUUAGGUGUAAGAUUUUUCGAUGAUAAGCUUGGUGCUCUGUGCAUGCAGUGGCUGGAAGACAAGGUAUUCUCAAUCAGAGAUGCUGCUGCCAAUAAUUUGAAGCGGCUUGCUGAGGAAUUUGGACCGGAAUGGGCAAUGCAGCAUAUUGUUCCACAGGUGCUGGACAAGAUGAAUAAUCCACACUAUUUGUACCGCAUGACUUUCCUGCAUGCUAUAGCUCUUUUAUCUCCAGUCAUGGGUUCUGACAUAACCUACCAGAGGCUUUUGCCCGUUGUCAUUAAUGCCUCAAAAGACAGGGUGCCCAACAUCAAAUUCAACGUAGCGAAGGUGCUACAGUCUCUCCUCCCUAUAGUUGACUCAUCUGUUGUUGAGAAAACCAUCAGGCCUUGUCUUGUUGAGCUCAGUGAAGACCCAGAUGUGGAUGUGAGGUAUUUUGCCCACCAAGCAAUACAAUCUUGUGAUCAGUUGAUGAUAUCAGGCUAGUAGAACAUUUUAUCAUUCUGUGUGAAAUCCUAUCUAAUUAACACCAUUAGGCCUAAGAAUGAUUUCGUAUUUUUGUAUAAACUGAACUUUGAUUUGCUUUCAGAUGGGAUUCAUUGCCUGUAUAACAAAAUUCUUUAUUUACUUUUUUUCCCCAUGAAUCUGCUUUGUUUCAGAUGCGAAGUAUGUUUGUUUUUAUUGGGAUCUGUUAUGUUUUCAAUGUUAAAAAUCAUUAUCCCCA